AUGACCCCUCAAGUCGACAAUCCACUCCUCCCACCCGGCGCCCUCAUCCUCGUCACAGCUGGAAACGGCUACCUCGGUUCCCAUAUCGUUGACCAAUGUCUCGCAUACGGCUACUCUGUGCGCACCACCGUGCGCUCCCUCGAACGAAGCGCCUGGAUGAAACGAGACUUUACAAAGCGCCAUCCCAAUGCUCAUCUCGAUGUCGUCGAGGUGCAUGACCUCAGCCAGCUAGGAUGCUACGAUGCAGCGCUAAAAGGGGUAUCGGCCAUGAUCCACACGCCUGGUUUCACAAACAUGUCUGAUCCAGAUAUGGUUGGUAACACGGUCAAGUUGAACUUGGUCGCUUUGAAAGCUGUUCAUGAGGCGAAUAAGAAAGGGGAGAAGAUUCGGAGAUUUGUUCUGACGGGUUCGAGUUGGGCUGUCAAGUAUCCGAAACCGAAUGUCCACUGCGAUAUCGCUGAAGGAGACUACGACGAGUCGAUCGCGAAGGCGCUGUCGAACCCCGACACGCCGAAGGACUUCUGGCCGCUCAUGGGAUAUGUGCAGAGUAAGAUUGCUGGAGAGCAGGCUUGCUGGAAGUACGUAAGGGAGAACCCGGACUGCGGGUUUGUGCUGAACACUGUUAUUCCUGCGACCUGCAUGGGGCCAGUCAUUGCGCCUACAGAACAACAGUACUCUUCGACUGCUGGCUUUGUUCGCUCGCUGCAUGAGUGCAAGAACCAGGAGCUAUUCGACGUCAUCGAGCCACAGUGGUACGUUGACGUGCGCGAUCAGGCGCGUCUACAUGUUGCAGGAGCUGUGCUCCACGGUGUGGAGAACCGGCGCAUGUUUGGUUGGGCGGGGCCGUACACAUGGAUUGGGGUUGCGGAUGUGCUUGAGGAAGAGAUGGGAAAGAGGACGACGAUCCGAUUAGCGGACAAGGGCAAUGAUAUAUCGAAGGUGCUAGCAAAGGACAAGGCGGAGGGCUACUUGAAGAGGCUGGGACAAUCGGACUGGGUGCCGUUCCACCAGUCUGUGAGGGAGUGCAUCCGCAGCUAUUACCCAAAGGCAUGA